AUGCCCCGGUUCUAUACUGGCCAGAACAUCGUCUACCGCCCAGUCGGAGGCCGCGACUCACGCACCUCCGACACCAUUGGUACUAUCACCAACGUCCUCACCCACGACGGCCGCCAGGCAGGUCGAAACGUCACGGCAAGCGAUGACGAGCCACGCUAUGAGGUCGAGAACCAGAACACGGGCAAAUUGACGAGUAUCAAGGAGGAGAAUGUCCUGCAGCCCUUGUAA